GCAGGUGGUUCGGCCCCGCCCCCCCGUUGCCCCUGGCGACUGCCGUUAGCGGCGACUCUGCCGUUGUGGCUCCUGUGCUGAGCUGCGCUGGGCUGCGUCUCUCCGGCUGCUCCCGGUUCUGGACACUGGUUUGCUCUUUUCUCCCAUCCCUACCUUUCCCCUUGCACCCACCUCGUCCCCGUCUGUAUCCUCCCUCCCCUGUCCCUGCCUUUGCCCUUCCCCUGUCCUUAACCCCCACCCUUCCAGGUCUACCCCACCCAACCCUUACCCCACCCUUCCGGCUCGGCCGGCUGCCUCCCGCUGCUCCCGCGGGGCUGUGCCCGUGCCGCAGCUCACAGAGCUCCUGGGAUGGGGCUCUUCUCCAAGAAGCAGAAGCUUCCCCGCUUUGGCAGGGCUCCUAGGCAGCCCUGCGGUGCUGCCUCUUCCGGCACCAGCGCCCCUGAGCCUCAGUACCAAGGUCUGGGCAGGCUGCACCGCGCGGCUGCCCGCGGCCACCUGGCCUGGCUGAGGCGCUGGCGCUGGUGGAUGGAGAUUUGGGGCAUCGACCGCCGCGACAGGGAGAAUCGGACACCUCUCCAUCUGGCGUGUGCCAACGGCCACACAGAGGUCGUCAGGUUUCUCGUAAGGCACCGCUGCCAGUUGGAUGCUGCUGACAAUCUCAGGAGAACACCCCUGAUGAAGGCUGUAGAGUUUCAUCAAGAAGACUGUGUGGCUUUCCUGCUAGAGCAUGGUGCCGACCCAAAUCUCGCAGACACCGAUGGCCACACUGCCCUCCAUCUGGCCAUCCAGGCUCACAAUAAAAACCUCGUGGGGCUUUUACUCAGGCAUUAUGUGGAUCAUCGUGCCAAGAAUAAGGAGGGCUUUACCCCACUAGCUCUUGCUAUCUCUGAACAUCAGGAAGAGAUAGUAGAAAUCCUCCUGAAAGCAGGAGCUGACGUGCACGCUCGAGACCGGCAUCAAAGAACCCCACUGAUGAUUGCUGCUUCUGUUGGGCAGCUGAAUUUGGUCCAAGUUCUCCUUUCUUACGGUGCCAAAGUUUCCCAUGAAGACCGUGAUGGGAACACAGCUGAGGAUUAUGCUGAUCUUCAUGGGUACUGGAGUCUCAGUCAAUAUCUGGCAAAAUUGGAGGACACAGCAGAAGCUCCUGCAGGGGAUGCUCAAGGUGACAACAUCCUCAAGAUCCUUCGAAUUCCUGAGCGGGCAGGAGCUGCUGGAGAGCUGGAAAUCAAAACAGAGCAGGAGAAGACAGGAGAAGCUCCUGCGUGUGAUGCAGAAGAUCUCACCAUGGUUACCAGUCCUGAGCAGGCAGGAGCUGCUCCAUUUAUGUGGGGUGCACCUGCUGUGGACAGAGGAGCCACAGAUGACCUUUGUGAAGGAGGCUCAGUAAGGAGCUCUGAGGAGGAGGGGAAUGAUGACACUUGGAGUGAUUCUGAAGACUCAAUCUGUUUUAGCCCUAAGGUCAAGAAGCAGCAGAAGCCAAACUUGUUGGAGUUAUGGGACAUAUUCCUGAAGUACAGGAAAGCUGCAGCAGAAACCUCUGCAGAUCUUCUGGAUGCAGGGCUUGAGGGCUGGGGAGCAGCAGAGUGA